UGAGCACAGCGACUUCCGGCGACACGAGCUGUCGCGACCGUUGGCGCUAGAUGUGGGCGUGUCCAGCGACGCGACAAAGUUGAGAAAAGUUCAACUUUGGAGCGACUAACGGAAGCGACAGCCAAUAGGAGAGACGACGGGAGAGCUCACGUGAUCCUUCUCUCUUUCUCUCAGCUCCUGCAGUAACGGAAAGAUGGAUGAAAGGCUAAUUCUUGCUGUUAGAAAUUUUCCAGUGCUCUAUGAUAUGUCUCUUCCCACGUACAAGGACAUUUUAAAGAAAAAUACUGCGUGGAAAGGUGUAUCUGAGAUCGCGGGGAUUUUAUGGACCCAGACAGACCGACAUUUGCAUUUUCGCCGCAGAACAGCCGCUCUGGCAAACAGCACGCCUUGUUUCUCGCUCAUCUUUGAUAUAAAGCAUUUUAUGUGUUCAGUGGACUGUUCAGAUGAUGUCAUGGACUCCACAAAGGAUCUCAGUGGACAGACAGACACAGGGAAGGUCAAGAGUUUUAGUGUCAUUCAUGGAGAAUCUCCUGAAUCCAGCUGUGUGUCCAUGAAGAGUGAUGCGUCAAUGGGUAAUCCACCUCAGUUCAGUUCAGGAGCUCCUUGUGCUGAUGUGAGUGUCAUUCAUGGAGAAUCUCCUGAAUCCAGCUGUGUGUCCAUGAAGAGUGAUGGGUCAAUGGGUCAUCCAUAUAACUUCAGUUCAGGAGCUCCUUGUGCUGAUGUGAGUGUCAUUCAUGGAGAAUCUCCUGAAUCCAGCUGUGUGUCCAUGAAGAGUGACGGGUCAAUGGAUCCUCCACUUAACUUCAGUUCAGGAGCUCCUUGUGCUGAUGUGAGAGAUGAUGUGACUGGAGACCUGCAGCAGGAUUCUCAUCCACCAGUAGAUGAUGUUCUUCAGACAGUCAAAGACAAACACAAAACCAGCAUGAAGAACAAGUAUGAGAGCUUAUUUGAGGGAAUCAAACUACACGAGAAUCAAACGCUCCUGAACAGGAUUUACACACAGCUCUACAUCAUAGAGGGAGAGAGUGAAGGGGUGAAUGAAGAACAUGAGGUUUUACACAUGGAGAAAACACCCAGAACUCAACACCAUCAAGACACUCCAAUCUACUGCAAUGACAUCUUUGAAUCCUUCCCUGAACCAGGAUAUAAGCAGGUGAAAAGAAGGAAAGAAGAAAUAAAGACUGUUCUUACUAAAGGCAUCGCUGGAAUUGGAAAAACAGUCUCUGUGCAGAAGUUCAUUGUGGACUGGGCCGAGGGAAAGGCCAAUCGGGAUGUAGAUUUCAUGUUUGUGCUUCCAUUUCGAGAGCUGAACUUGAUUAAAGAUGAGCAGUACAGUCUUCACAAACUUCUGCUGGACUUUCAUCCUGAACUUCACGAUCUGGACUCAAAGAUUUAUGAUGAGUGUAAACUUGUGUUCAUCUUUGAUGGUCUGGAUGAAAGCAGAAUUAAACUGGAGUUUUCAGACAAUGAGAAAGAUCCUGAUGUGACUGAGACUUCAUCAGUGGGUGUGUUGAUGUCAAACCUCAUCAAAGGAGAUCUGCUUCCCUCUGCUCUCAUCUGGAUCACCUCCAGACCAGCAGCAGCCAAUCAUCCCUCCAAAUACAUCAAGCGUGUGACAGAGAUUCAGGGAUUCAAUGACCCUCAGAAGGAGGAAUAUUUCAGGAAGAGAAUCAGUGAUGAGCAUCAAGCCAGCAGAAUCAUCUCACACAUUAGAAGAUCAAGAAGCCUCCACAUCAUGUGCCACAUACCAGUCUUCUGCUGGAUCUCAUCCACUGUGCUUCAAAACAUCCUGAAACAAGACGACAGUGCAGAAAUCCCUCAAACUCUGACUGAAAUGUACAUCCACUUCCUGCUCCUUCAGAUCAAUGUGAGGAAUCAGAAGUAUGAAGAGAAACUCCUGCAGUCCAACAGAGAAGUGAUUGUGAAACUUGCUGAACUGGCUUUCAAACAGCUGAUGAAGGGCAAUGUCAUGUUCUAUGAGGAGGACCUGAAAGAGAGCGGCAUAGACGUCACUGACGCCUCAGUGUAUUCUGGGAUCUGCACUGAGAUCUUUAAGGAGGAAUCUGUGAUUCAUCAGAGGAAAGUCUACAGCUUCAUUCAUCUGAGCUUUCAGGAGUUUCUGGCUGCUUUCUUUGUGUUUUACUCACAUUUAAAGAAGAACAGUGAAUCACUGCAGAUGUUUCUGGAUUAUAGAUAUAAAUCAUACAUUAGAAGAAACUCUCUGUAUGAUCUACUAACAGCAGCAGUUAAUAAAGCCCUUGAGAGUUCAAAUGGACAGCUGGAUCUUUUCCUGCGAUUCCUGCUGGGCAUCUCACUGGAGUCCAAUCAGAGACUCUUACAGGAUCUACUGACACACACCGAGAACAGUUCAGAGAGCAUCAGGAAAAUCACACAGAGCAUUAAAUAUAAAAUCAAGCGUGGUGAACCUCUCUCAGCUGACAGAUCCAUCAAUCUGUUCCUGUGUCUGCUGGAGAUGAAUGAUCAGACUCUGUCCAGAGAGAUUCAGGAGUUUGUGAAAUCAGACAAACACUCAGAGGAGGAACUCUCUCCUGCUCAAUGUUCAGCGAUCGCCUAUAUGCUUCAGAUGUCAGAGGAGGUGAUGGAUGAGUUUGAUCUGAAGGAAUACAACACAUCAGAUGAGGGCAGAAGACGACUGAUACCAGCUGUGAAGUGCAGAAAAGCUCUAAUGGCAGACUGUAAUCUCACUUAUGAGUGCUGUGAAAGUUUGUCUUCAGUCCUACAAUCAUCAAACUCCCUGAGAGAGCUGGACCUGAGUAACAAUGACCUGCAGGAUUCAGGAGUGAAGCUGCUCUCUGAUGCACUGAAGAGUCCUCACUGUACACUGGAGAUACUGAGAUUGGCAUCUUGUAGAUUCACUGGUCAGUGCUGUGAAAGAUUGUCUUCAGUUCUACAAUCAUCAAACUCCCUGAGAGAGCUGGACCUGAGUAACAAUGACCUGCAGGAUUCAGGAGUGAAGCUGCUCUUUGAUGCCCUGAAAAGUCCUCACUGUAUGCUGGAGAUACUGAGAUUGGCAUCUUGUAGAUUCACUGGUCAGUGCUGUGAAAGAUUGUCUUCAGUUCUACAAUCAUCAAACUUCCUGAGAGAGCUGGACCUGAGUAACAAUGACCUGCAGGAUUCAGGAGUGAAGCUGCUCUUUGAUGCCCUGAAGAGUCCUCACUGUACACUGGAGAUACUGAGAUUAUCUGGCUGUAUGGUGACAGAGGCUGGCUGUUGUUUUGUAGCUUCAGCUCUUAGUUCAAACCCCUCACACCUACGAGAGCUGGAUCUGAGCUACAAUCACCCAGGAGAAUCAGGAGCCAUACUGCUCUCUAAGAGACUCAACGAUCCAAACUGCACACUGGACAAACUGAAUGUGGAUCAUGGAGGAGAGUUCAGGAUUACAGCAGGACCACGCAAAUGGGUCUGUGAUCUCACACUGGAUUCAAACACUGUAAACACUGAACUCAUUCUGUCUGAGGGGAACAGGAAGGUGACACGUGUGAGAGAGCGUCAGUCAUAUCCUGAUCAUCCAGAGAGAUCUGAUGUGCGUCCUCAGGUUUUGUGUAGAGAGAUUCUGACUGGACGCUGUUACUGGGAGACUCAAUGGAGUGGAGGUGUUGAAAUAUCAGUGUCAUAUAAAGAAAUCAGCAGGAAAGGAAAGAGUCUUGACUGUCGUUUUGGAUUCAAUGUAAACUCCUGGAAUCUGAGGUGCUUAAAUGACAGAUUCACUGUCUGUCACAAUAAUAAAAGCACUUACAUACGUCCCCCUUCACAUGACUGUGAGAGAGUAGGAGUGUAUUUGGACUGUCCGGCCGGCACUCUGUCCUUCUACAGCGUCUCUGACACACACACACUCACACACUUACACACAUUCAUCACCACAUUCACUCGACCCCUCUAUGCUGGAUUUAGAGUUUAUCCUGAUUCCUCAGUGAGUCUGUGUGAAACUGAACAUCAGAGACACACACAACUGGAUGAGUGAAAUAUACUCACUGUAUCUCACAUCAACACAAAUCCAAACUCUUUCUACAAAUAAUUUACUACUCAGGGUUUCUGUGGGUCUUAAGUCUUAUUUUCUGCAAAUUAAGACAUUAAAAGCUGAAAUGAAUGUGGUUACCAUAGCAAUGACGUAAUGUGCUCUUUGUCAUCCUGUCAGCGCAAGUACCAAUAAAAAUGAGUUUUUAACAAUGAGCUGAAAGAAGCAGAUUAAUUUCUUGGUGCAACAGGUGAAUAUGUAAGUGAGUAUUUUUCUGUCACUGUUAAUGUUUAUUUCCUCACGAGCACAAGAUGAAUCACACAAAUGUCACAUUCAGACAGAUACACUGAACUUGCAUCAUCAGUCCAAAGUGAGUGCUUUCUUGUUUAGUACCUUCAAUAUUAGUGGAUAAAUCACAGAUUGCAUAAAUUAAGUAAUUCAAUGAAUGCAUAUUUCAAAAAUAUUUCAUUGGCUUUACAUAAUGUGGAAACGGUGUACAUAGUGCUUGUGUUAUAAAUUAUAUAUAUAUAUAUAUAUAUAUACAGUAUGUGUGUCCGCGGGUGUCCUCGGUCUUUUAAAAUGGUAAAUGCAAUAAUUUUCUGAAUAAAGGCUUUAAAUGCAUUGAAGUUUUUUUAAUGUGACAAAUGUGAUCAUUUUUAGUUUUAAAUGAUAGUUUAAGUUCUCACAGUACAAGACAAACACUGUGUCUGCAUUGCCAGCAUUUUCCCUGUUUCAGUCAUCUUUUAUUUCUUGUGCUGUCUCAAAGACGAAUAUAAUUUUAAUUUAUUUUAAUCACUGAUGUAUCUGUAAAAUGACAUGACUGUGUCAGCUGGCUUGCAAAAAUAAAAUACACAAAA